UUUUGAUCUUGGGGUGAUGAGUUUGAGCCCCAUGUUGGGUGUAGAGAUUAUUUAAAUAAAAAUGAAACUUGAGUGUGGGAUUGUCAGGGAUGAGACUUGUCCUCCGCCUACAGCAGCCAUGAGCACCCCAGCAGUGCCCUGGGAGCUACAACUGCCCCCGAGCCAGAGGGCCCAGCCCGAGUUCAGAGAACAAAGAAGACAGAAACUCAAGGAACAUAUGUUAAAAAGAAAAACGUUUUUUGCAUACAAGGAGGAAAAUCACAUAUCCAGUGGAGACCAGAAACUGAUGACCUCUGAGGGCCAGGUCCAUGAAGAGACAAAAGUUCUGAAAUUUAAAACAAAAAUGGCUGGUAAAGAAAAGGUCAGUAGACCUCCCGGGAACAAAAAUAAUAUAACAAUGGAAAAAAAUUGUAUUCCUUUAAAGCCUUCUGAUGAACUAACCAAUUCAACUAUAGCAAUUGAUACACCUAAUUCUGAGGAUAAUAAUCAAACUGGGCAGUUGGUACCAAUUAAAGAUGACCCUCCAGGUCAACACAUGACAUUAAGCCAAGUGUUUCAUCUUAAAAACAACAAUAAAAAGAAACAAAUAAUGACAGAAAAACCAAAGCAAGAUGCUAACAUGUCCAAGAAGCUUGUGCUUGGAUCUUACCGUGGCCAAAUUGUUCAGUCUAAGAUUAAUUCAUUUAGAAACCCUCUACAAGUCAGAGAUGAGAGUUCUGCAGCAAUAAAGAAACUUUCGACUACAGUCCCUAAAGCUACAGAGCCUCUGCGCACAAACAGCAGCAGUGUGACAGUGAAAAGCGAUAGAGCCUCUAAAGUGACAACUACCACUAAACUUGUGAGCACUACAAUUCAGAACAGACAGCUUCUGCGACCUCCUAUCAGAAGUCACCGUGACAAUGCUCAGGACGCUGUGAGACCAGGCAUCGGUAGAAGCUUGGCCAACGUUACGACUCAGAAAGGGCCUCGCGAGAAAGAGUUAGUACAAUUAAACACAGUUUCAUCUAGUGCCAAAACCGGUUCUCAGAAUAUAGAAAGAAAGAAGACACUCACAAGAAGUGUGAAGUCUGAAAUCGUAGCCAGGCCUGUUUCGUCUUCUAACACCAAACUGAUAGAAAAGUCGAAAAACGUUGACCCUCGCAGGCAUACAAUAGCAAAAACAACUAUUGUUAGAGCAGCUCAGCCCAAAGAAACAGCAGAAGAGAGAAAAGCUCGUCUGAGUAAGUGGAAAGCUGGCAAAAGGAAAGUCCUGAAAAGGCCUCCUAGCUCAGGAGUUACCCAGCCUGAACCUGAAGGGCAACAUGAAAACCCAGUUGGGUCCUUUUGGACUACCAUGGUAGAAGAAGAUGAACAAAGAUUAUUUACCGAAAAAGUGAACAAGACAUUUUCUGAAUGCCUAAACCUGAUUAGUGAGGGAUGCCCAAAAGAAGAAAUAUUGGUCAUACUGAAUGACCUGAUUAAAAAUAUUCCAGAUGCCAAAAAGCUUGUUAAAUAUUGGAUAUGCCUUGCACAUAUUGAACCACUCACAAGUCCUAUUGAAAACAUUAUCACAAUCUAUGAGAAAGAUAUUCUGGCAGGCGCUCAGCCUAUUGAAGAGAUGCGACAUACCAUUGCAGAUAUUCUGACAAUGAGGAGUCAAGAAAAAGUUAAAUACGGAGAAAAUAUUGAGGAGGCUUGUGCAACCGAGAAAUACAUCCAUGAAGUCAGCACUGAAGAUAGCGGGGUUAAUCUAGAGUCAGGAAAACCAGAAAUGGAAAAGAAAACUAGAAAUGUGGUAUUUCAAGAUGAUGAAAAAAAGCAAGAUGACAAAACAAAAGAUUCAACCAAUGAUGUUAAAACCCCCAGUACAGAAACCAGGGGGAGUUGCUUAAUUAAAUAUAAUGUGUCUACUACACCAUACCUACAAAGUGUAAAAAAAAAGAUACAGUUUGACAAUACAGAUUCUACAUUUAAAGAGCUAAAGUUUCUAACACCAGUGAGACGUUCUCGACGUAUUCAAGAGAAGACUUCUAAAUUGCCAGAUAUGUUAAAAGACCAUUAUCCUUAUGUGUCUUUAUUGGAACAAUUAACAGAGUUGGGAGGUGAAACUGAUGCUUUCGUAUGCCGUCCCAAUUCAGCACUAUGCCCGAUGUUCUCAGAGCCUGGAACAGCAGAAAAGAAAUAA